AUGCCAACUGCAGGGAAUUCCACAGAGCUCCAGGGUGGCCGUGAAGCGCGAGGCAGCGUGGGAAACCCUGUCGAACACGCUCCGAACGGACAUGGCUUUCAAAGCAACAAGUUGAGCUCAGACGAAUAUGGCGAGAUUUUCUCUAGCAGGCGUAAGCGAAAAUGCCUUCAUGGAAACUUUCCGGCUUACUAUGCUGGGAGACGUGCAUUUGUACGUUCCCAUACUCGUAGCCAGCAACGCUCAGUACACAUGGACUGGCCAGCAGAUGGUGGCUGCGGACUCACUGGGAGAUCGUCUUUCGAGCGCCGUAUGCGGUCUCCCUCGAUGAAACCCGGGGAUAACUCUGGAACUGAUCCGUCCACCUCGGAUUCAAAAACAGGGCAUGACCUUAUUCGCGGUAUUGAUCCUCGUCUGGAUGCAGUUCUGUCGUCUCAUGGGAAUCGGUUUUUUGAAGGAAAGGAUGUCCUGGAUAUUGGAUGCAAUGCGGGUUCCCUUUGCUUAGCCAUUGGGGGAUUGCUUCGCGCACGGAGCGUCACCGGUAUGGAUAUCGAUGGGGACCUAGUUCGGCUGGCUAAUUCUGCGGUUGCGGAACUACGUGAAAUGGAACUGCGCGCACAUUUUCUGCGAUCGACACUGACACUGGAAAAAACUCUGGAGUCAGCUGCUGCCUACCGCACAGGCACGGGGACUCCUGCGACUUGUGUUUCAGACCUUUCGCCCCCUUUAGGUAACAAAGACAAACGCGCUAACGCUGAUGCAGGGAAACGCUUCACUUGGAGGCAUCCGGCGAAACCCGGUAGGGAUCUGUCAACAGCCUCAGCGGUACAGGCGCACGCCCCUACAAAGACAGGUCUUGACAAUGGGUGUGAGGAAGAUAAGGGUGUCGACGGUGUUCCACAUGGUUCUCGCGAAAUUCCUGAAAGCGCGGGCAACGCGACUUUGAAGCAACCAGGAGCAGGGGGGUUAACGAGAAGUCCAGGGCCCUAUUUUUCACGGGUGUUUGGACGAGUGUUGUGGAACGAGCUGGUGGCAGAGGCAACGACACGCGACCUGAGCGACUGCGGUUCGACAAGCAUAAGCUUACGUAAGGCCGUGCGGCUAACGAAACAGGCAAAUGAAAGUCACGUUGCCUCAAGCUUAGAGAGUGGCUCCACGGAAAUAGCUGCGAGUGCUGGAAAUUCGAACUGCAUCUCCGCGUCUCCCGACCGCAACCCAAUUUUCCCAUUCAAUGUCUAUUUCCGCUCAAGUGAUAUCGUGGAAGGUGUGACCUCGCACUCCUCCACUGCACCAGUAGAGGACGGAAGAGAACUUGCGUCGCCCCUUGAAUCCAGGCAGUGUUUUUGCGAAAUUCUGAGGCAUGUUCGUCGCGCGGCUGGGGUACUGCCAGAGCCGGCGUUGUUGCGUCCUGGCUCCUUUGACGUAGUUCUCUGCUUUUCAGUUACGAAGUGGAUUCAUCUUCACCAUGGGGACAGGGGUAUUUUGGUUCUUUUCUCGCGCCUUCAUACUCUGUUGAAGCCUGACGGAAUCCUUCUCCUCGAGCCACAGGAUUGGGCUUCGUAUCGACGCGCAAGACGCCUGUCGUGUGCCUUCAAGCAACAGUUGCGCCGUAUUCGUCUACCUCCAAAGAUGUUUACUGCAAUUCUUACCGGAAACAAUGGUUGCACGAACUCGCCGUGCUCUUCUUGUUGUUUGGCGUAUGGAACUGGUUCAUGCGAGGAGACGACGCCGGCUAGCACGGGGUUGUCUGCAGGGCCAAAGAAGCCACGUGAACAAACUGAGACGACGGCCGAGAGAAGGGAGAGCGAUUGCAAUUCUUUGCGCUGCGACGUAACUCCUGUGUGUCCACAGUAUUCCGGGUCACCACAAGGGUCGAUGACUGAAAAGGCUGACCAACCGUUUGUUCUUGUGUCUUCAUUAGACCCGUGGAACCAUGAAGUCCAAAUCGACAGAAACUCUCAGAUUGGUGGUGACGAGGGGGCGAUGUUGCGUGACUCGCGACCUGUCGCGGAACAAACGGAGGAGACCCGUCCCUGCAAGUUCUCAGUCGACGAAGAAUUCAAGCUGGGAGAUGUUACUUCCAGCAGCAGGGAGGAGGGGUGUUUGGAAGGUGUCUUUAAUGAUAUUCAACGGUGUCCACAGGCGCCUGUUAAUGACGUUUCCCAGAAAGAUACAGAGCUCCUGGAGUCUCGUGAACUGAACACAUCAGAGUCGAGAACUACCCGUGAAUCCAAGGGGAGGCUAUCGGACAGGCGUAUCCUUGUAUUACGGAAGAGUAGUAGUAUAUUUUCAUUGUGCUGCUGUACCUUGAAGAUGUUGACCACCGGUGCUGUGGAGAGGUACGGGCCCAAACCACUCACCACGCACAGCCAGUCUUGA